AUGAACGCCUUUCUGUUGAAUCGCCAACUCGGCUCCAUCCGCCACGGCGAGCUCGCAAGGGCUCAGAAUAACCGGCUGCUCAAGGCACUCCACGGCACCGAUACCAAAUUCGCGCUUGACCAGCCGAAUGCCGGGUCAAGCUCGAAUCGAGAAGGAGGCCCGCGGGCUCGAGAUGUAGCACAUGCGGCGGGUGUCAAUAGCAUUGCUGUUGACCGCUUCGAGGGGAGAUAUCUGAUCUCCGGCGGCGCCGAUUCCUCCCUCGCCAUAUGGGACUUGGAAGCUGCAGCAGACUCCGGCUCCAAUUUGCCUUUGGAGGUUUCCGCGAGAACAUCGACCACCGCCAGUCUUGGAAUCACACAUCUCUCCUUCUACCCUUUCGACUCUUUGGCUCUACUCACGACAGGCUACGAUGGGACACUCAAGCUAUUCUCCUCUGAAACGCUCCAAGCUUCGGCGACAUUCGAUCUCGCCGGCACAAUCUACUCACAUUCAACCUCUUUAAUCUCCACACAUCUCCUCGUGGCUUGCGCAGUACAACACCCCGCUGUAAGACUCGUGGACCUCCGCUCGGGCGCGGCGACACAUUCCUUGCCUGGCCAUUCCGGAAGCGUUCUUUCUGUCGCGUGGCAUCCGCGCGACGAGAAUAUUCUGGCAAGCAGCGCAACAGACGGUGUCGUCCGUCUGUGGGAUAUACGACGGAGUGCGUCCUCUCUUGGCGUGCUGGACCUGGAAGAUAGCAUCGGACUUGCUGGCUAUGACAGAAAAGGCACGGGGGCACGAAGGAGAGAACGUGGAAAGUCCCACGUUGGUGCUGCAAAUGGUAUCGUCUGGACUGCUGAUGGCCAUCAUCUCGUGUCCAACGGCCAUGACGAGAGGAUGCGCGUAUGGGAUAUGAGGAAUGGCGCCAACACUUUGGCCAAUUUCGGACCGGGACUGAAGAACAGCGGUGCAACAGCACAACUACCGCUGAUAGCUCCUCCCGGUUCCUCGGAAAUUGGGCGGGAGACCAUCUUCUAUCCCAAUCCCAAGGAGAUACUAGCGUUUGACAUGCACUCUGGAAUGCUUCAAAGCAGACUAAGAGUCAGGGGACUGCCCGGCAGUGAGAUCAACACCAAUGGCCUGGCGAGUCGGAACCCCAGAAACAGAACGACCUCACUUGCCUGGCGCACGCACCAUGUGGAGAUGUAUUCUGGCCACGGCGAUGGCACGAUUCGAUGCUGGAGGCCUCGCAUUAGCGAGGACAUCAUCGCUGAGGAGGAAGAGAAUGAAGACGAAGAAACUGAAACUGAUGCUGCCGAUCGAAAGCGGAAACGAGAAGAAUUCGAUCGGGUUGUGCGCGAUCUGACGAGCCAAAAGAGGAUCACAUUUUCAUAA